GUCAUCUCUUUUUUAAAACGUACGGUCACACUAUUGACGUGGCCUCAAAAUUUUUUGUUCUCCGGAAAAUGCAAAAAGUUUGCAUUUAAGGUAAUUGUGCUAAGCAGCAUACGACGCCAAGUCCAAAGAAUCCGUCUGCCAAUCUAGGACCUGUUCGCAUCCAUCCGGAGCACGCGAGAAGCGCCAGAAAUCGUACCACAAACCUAUGAAUUAGCAGCAUGUCGACCUACAAUCCGAACUUCGUGCCUCCCGCCCACGCUCCCAUGCCUCUGAACGGAAAUAAUCCAGUGAAUGGUGUGCAAGGAAGCGUCCAGCAGCAGCCAGGUCCUCCACCUGGUCAGCAUUAUGUACCACAGAAGCAGCCACAACAGUUUCAGCAACCACCUCCUGCAGCAGCUUUUCCGGGAGGAGGAGCGCCAGGAAAUCUGGCACCGCCGCAGCAGUUCAACAGUGGUAUUGCGAACCAGUUCUUGCCGCCCACGUCUGGAACAGCUACACCUCUGCAGCAACUGCCGCCCAGCACGUUACCGCCUCAUCUGCGUCCGCCCACCGUCAACGGUCCACCCCUUACUAACGGCAGCAAUGGGGCGUCCAGUGCGAACUCCUCGCGCACUGCCUCCCCAAGGCCAGUGGGAGCUGCCCCUCAAUACGCUCAAGGACCAAUCGCCGCAGCGCUGAACAAUCCUCCCCUGGCGUCGGGACUGCGUCCUUCGCCCCAACCGACGAACCAAUCUCUAGCCAACUUGACGAGCAAUCUGGGAAAUCUUAACUUGAACACCACUCGAGCAAAUGGAGGUACCAGCGUUGUGCCACAGCAACAGUACCCACCUCUAACACAGAAGGAUGGUAGGGGAGUGGCCUCGGCCCAGACGGGUCCACCGCAGUUCAACGACGCCAACAGUCUGUUGGCAGCCAGCGGAGGUGCAGCUCCAGUAGUUCCCAAUUCUAUGGCGACGCCGUUUAGUGGACAAAGGCCUCCCAAUUUGGUUCCCAAUCCGGCCAAAAUAUUCGGAAGUGCAUCGGUUCCCGGUAGACCAACGCCAUCACCAGCGGCCCAACGAAUUCAAUACGGAGUACCCCCUCCGACUAACCCCGAGCAGCAGAGCCAGCAAAACAACAAUCUGCAGCAAGCACCGCCGCCACCAAGAGUAGGAGCGGUAUGGCCACCGAGCUUAGCAAAUGCAGCGGCGCCGGGAGCCCAACCCAUGCUGCCUCCAGCCCAGCAGCCUUUACAGUCGUAUCCAUACUCCCAGGCUUAUCCACCAGCACCACAGCAGCAACCACAACCUCCUCAGUCUGCAGUUCAGGCACCGCCACCGGGAAUGUUUGGAGCCCAACCCACUGGAGCUCCGCUGCAGUAUCAAGCACAGGCGCCUCCUCAGGCUUACGGACAACAACCUCAGCAACCACCCCAAACCGCACCCGGGGGACCAUAUGGAACCACUGCUCCACUAAAUGUGGCCCAGCAGGGAUUUAGCAGACUGUGGGGACAGGAUACAAUAGACCUGAUGCAGAACCGGCAUAUCUUAUCGCCGGCAACGUUGCCUCCGCCAAAAGUGGUAUUGCACAACCAGUUCCACGAGUCCAUAAACUGUAGCCCAAGCAUUAUGCGUUGUACGCUGACAAAGAUCCCCGAGAGCAAUUCUCUGCUCCAGAAGUCGCGCCUGCCUCUGGGCAUUGUGAUACAUCCCUUCCGCGAUGUGAAUAGCCUCCCUGUAAUUCAGUGCAUCAACAUUGUGCGUUGCCGGCUGUGCCGCACAUACAUUAAUCCCUUCGUUUACUUCGUGGACAGCAAGAUGUGGAAGUGCAAUCUGUGCUAUCGGGUCAACGAAUUGCCCGAUGACUUUCAAUUCGAUCCGGCCACUAAGACAUACGGAGACGUUACCCGAAGGCCGGAGGUACGCUCUAGCACCAUAGAGUUUAUUGCUCCUUCGGAGUACAUGUUGCGACCGCCACAGCCGGCCAUGUACCUGUUUCUUUUUGAUGUCUCGAUAAUCGCGCAGCAGAGUGGCUAUCUGGAGGCCGCUUGCGCCGUGCUCAACCGGCACCUAGACGAGAUGCCCGGGGACGCGAGAACUCAGGUGGGAUUCAUAUGCUACGACAGCUUCGUGCACUUCUACAGCAUGGCCGAGGGGCUCAACCAGCCGCAUGAAAUGACGCUACUGGACAUCGACGACCCCUUCCUGCCACGACCUGACAGUUUGCUGGUAAACCUGAAAGAGUGCAAGGAGUUGGUGCGUGAUCUUUUAAAGCAGCUGCCGAAGCGAUUUGCCCACACCCACGAUCCGGGUUCCGCCUUGGGUGCCGCACUGCAGGUGGCUUUCAAGCUAAUGCAAGCAUCAGGCGGACGGAUAACCGUCUUUCAAUCGUGCCUUCCCAACAAGGGACCCGGAGCCUUGGAGCCGCGUGAGGAUCCCAACAACCGUUCGGCAAAGGACGUGGCCCACCUUAAUCCGGCAACCGACUUUUACAAGCGCUUCGCCCUGGAAUGCUCCGGCUAUCAGAUAGCCUGUGACCUCUUCCUGAUGAACCAGCAGUACAGCGACAUGGCAACCAUCUCUGGCAUUAGCAAACACAGCGGCGGCUGUGUCCACCACUUCCCGCUCUACCAGAAGACCAAGCCACAUAUGGUGGAAUCGUUCCGGUCGUGCUUCAAGCGCUAUCUUACCAGGAAAAUCGGAUUUGAGGCUGUAAUGCGAAUCCGCUGCACUCGCGGCCUGCAGGUGCAUACAUUCCAUGGAAACUUCUUCGUGCGCUCCACGGACCUGCUCUCGCUUCCAAACGUGAAUCCGGAUGCGGGAUAUGGCAUGCAGAUCUCCUACGACGAGAGCCUCUCAGACGCGAAAACGAUUUGCUUCCAAGCUGCGCUGCUCUAUACAAACAGCGAAGGAGAGCGUCGAAUCCGGGUGCACACCGUGUGCUUGCCGGUGACCGCUUCGCUUCCAGAGGUAAUGCACUCAGCAGACACGGAAGCUAUCAUCGGACUGUUGUCGAAAAUGGCCGUUGACCGGUCGGUUGCUUCCAACUUGUCGGAUGCCCGCGACGCAUUCAUUAACGCUACGAUCGACGUGUACAAUGCCUUCAAGAUAGCACAAAAUCUGCCAUCGGGACAGUCAGGUCAGCUGAUAGCACCGCGCAGCCUGGCGUUGCUCCCGCUCUACAUAUUGGCCCUGCUUAAGCACCCCGCUUUCCGUGUGGGAACUAGCACACGACUGGAUGAUCGGGUCUACGCUAUGGAUUGCAUGAAGACGCUACCGCUGGACCAGCUAAUGAAGUACGUGUACCCAGAGCUGUACAAGAUCGAUGCGUUGAUUUACCACGCCCGAAACUCGAACAUUAGUUCGAACCAGGAAGACGACGAGGACGAGGACGAACCGUUGCCGGAGCUGCCGCGUCUGCAAUUGUCCGCGGAACACUUGGACUCGCGGUCAAUAUUCCUGAUGGAUUGCGGCACGCUGAUAAUGAUCUACGUCGGUCUAAAUGUGCCGCCCGAUGUUUUGGAAGCUGUGCUGGGAAUCAGCUCUACUGCAGAGCUGGGUGACUACGUUUACGGAUUGCCAAAUGUUGUGAGCAACGAGAACGAUGUGCUGAAGCGCUUUAUAUUGCGACUCAACUACGAUAAGCCCUACUCGGCGCUGGUGCAGAUAAUUAGGGACACGAGCACGGCCAAGGGCCAGUUCAUCGAGAGAUUAACCGACGAUCGCAGUGAAUCUAGUUUGUCAUACUAUGAAUUUUUGCAACACAUUCGGGCUCAGGUUAAAUAGUACAUAAGCAGAAUAUCCUAUCACUAUUGUAUGCAACAAAAAUACGAGUUUCUUAGAACCUAAAAACUCAGACUCUGAUGACUAGAAGCAAGAAGCGAAUGCAGGUGAAUCUGGCGCGAAACAAUGGAGACCAGUACGGGACAGACAUACACUUGAUUCACCUCAACCCACUCUCUCGGCUUAGAUAUUUUUAAAGUGCAUGUAUUUAUUUAUUUGUUGAUUUGUUGCACUAAAAAUAAAAUUAAAUCAAUUAAAGAUCAUAGUAAAUGCGAGAGAACCAACUUGUCACAACAGAAUAAGAUAUCGUUGCCAGUUUGAUUACGGCAAACAUUAGUCAAAAGUUCAGCUAACCAGUCAGUAGAGCUCCCAAGGAUGAGGAUGGCUCUGUUAUUUAUUUUAGAAACUUUAUGCAAUAAACAAACGAAACUGUUGUACAUUAUGCUUUAGCGCGAUUUUUGUUCGUUCCAACUGCUUCAAACAUUCUGCAAACUCUCAGUCCCACAAAUUGUUAUCGCUUACCCCAUUUGUUUGUUUAUUUUCCGGAAUCCAGAGAAACCUAUAUUUAUUUAUAAGUGUAAGGAAAGGCGCUUUGUUGCACUGUAGUUAGCGAACUUAUUUCAAACGAAUGUACGGAAAUAGAUUUGGUAUUGUGUAUUGCAUUCAUUGGACUGCUAGGCAGUGAAUGUCUUAAGCUUAGAAGGAAUAUUAUACUGUAUCAAUAAAGAGACCCCAGCCCUGUAACUCAGGUGGCGCAGUUGUCGUUCUUUGAGUGGGCUAAAUAAUCGAAAACCCAUAUACAAAUACUGUACCAUACUUUAUACACAUACGAGUACAUCAAGAUAUAAAGCGAAAUAAAUUUUAAUUAAAUCAUAA